AUGGCACAGCAUCAGAGAUGUGCCGCGGUUGUGGUGGGAGCUGGUCCUGCUGGUUUGGCAGUCGUUGGAAGUCUACUAGAAAAGCGGCUUGGUGGAAAAAUCGCCUGGGUUGAUCCAUACUUUCAAGGAGGUCGAGUCAACCGGAAGUAUCGCGAAGUUCCCAGCAACACCAAGGUGUCGUUUUUCCAAGCCUAUGCUACCGCCGUUCAACCCUUCAGAUCCGUUAUUGCCGAUACCCGCAUGCCUAAUCCUUUUACGACUAUGGCCAAGCUUGACCAGGAUAAGACCUGUCAUCUACAUCAUGCUGCGGAUGUGGUUUGUGCGCUCACCGACGGACUCACGAAGAUGGACAAUGUUCUGCCAUGUCGAGGUACAGUCACAGCUGCCAAUCUUUCCGAGCAAACAUCCGAUUGGACAGUUCGAAUCAAAUUUCACGAUUCCCAAGACGAGAUUGAUGUGAUGACACCCCGACUUGUUCUCUGCACGGGGUCAUCCCCCACGGAAGUCUCAAUCCCUAUUACCGGGCACCACAUCGAAAGGCUGGAUCUUGAUCUUGUGCUGAAGCCUAGUGUACUAAUCACACAUCUUCCCCACAACAAGCCCUUGGAAAUUGCCGUGGUAGGAGCCUCUCACAGUGCAAUUCUAGCCCUACUCAACCUGGUAGACUUGGCACGCAGCUCCCAUCCUGAACUCCGCAUCAAAUGGUUCACGCGACAUCCGCUGCGUUACGCGGAGUUUAUGGAUGGCUGGAUCCUCCGAGAUAAUACUGGACUCAAGGGUCAUGCCGCUGAUUUCGCUCGCCAGCAGUUGGAGGAUGACAAACUACCCCAGUCCGAGGCCGGCCGCUUCAUCACGAAGGUAGACUGCGGGGGCGGCCAGGAAUCAGCCCAAUACCAGCGGGUCCUGCCAUCAUGCACACAUAUAGUUCAAGCCGUGGGCUUUACGCGAGACCCACUUCCAGAGCUGUCGGUCAAUGGCCGUGCAUUGGAGCCUGACUUUGACUCGGUCUCAGGUGGCUUUUAUGAUCCCGAUGGGCGCAUUGUCCGAGGCCUUCAUGGGGCUGGUAUAGCAUUCCCGGAGCGGGUGGUUGAUCCAUAUGGCAAUGUUGAACAUGCCGUCGGGUUCUUCAAGUUUAUGAAAUACGUCAAACGGGUGACCCCGCUGUGGGCAGCUUCGUAG